AUGGAUGAACACGAUUUUGCUGGACUUUCGGGGGGAGAUGUCUUAUGCGAGCUUCUUGGAAGACAGGGUGUGAAGCAUAUCUUUGGCUACCCCGGCGGUGCAUCUCUCCCGUUAAUGGACAGUCUCUACCGAGCCCAUAGAUUCGAAUUCAUUCUUGCACAUCAUGAGCAGGGAGCGGGACACAUGGCGGAAGGCUACUACCGCACCAGCAAAAAGCCCGGCGUGGUUAUGGUCACUUCAGGGCCCGGGAGUUCGAAUACGGUUACACCUAUGCUAGAUGCCCUGCUCGAUGGAACUGCCAUUGUGGUGAUCUGUGGCCAAGUGCCCACAGCAUCUCAGGGCAAGGGUGCUUUCCAGGAGAUCAACAUUGAUGAACUAGCACGCACGUGUACGAAGUGGUCAACAACUGUACAGAGGGUGUGGGAAUUGCCGAUGGCUGUGCGCUCGGCCUUUCAACAUGCCGUAGAGGGUCGUCCUGGCCCGGUACUUAUUUCGGUUCCGAAAGACGUUGCUCAAGCGACUUUCGACCUGGAGGCUUUACAAGCCUACCAGAAUCUGAAAGAUGACUGCCUUGCACCAAGCCCCGAUCCUCCCAGGAAGGAUAGCGCAAACAUCAUACAAGAUCUAGAUCACGUUGCGAAACUGAUUAACGAUUCUCAACGUCCGAUCAUAUGCGCCGGGAAUGGUGCCAUUGCCACUCAAGAAGGCGCGGCGCUGUUGCGGCAGAUGAUGGAAAACUAUCGCAUUCCUGCAGCCACCACGCUCCUUGGGCUAGGGUGCUUUGACCAUGGCCACCCACUCUCUCUAGGAAUGUUCGGGACCUAUGGGACACCGUGUGCCAAUUAUGCGGUCCAGAGCGCCGACCUCAUCCUCGUAAUGGGUGCCAGGUUGGACGAGCGUGCGGUGGGCAAAGCAUCUGGCUUUGCACCCUACGCUCGCGAGAAAGCCGAAGACGGCAAAGGAGGGAUCAUCCAUUUCGAUAUUAGUCCUGACUUUUUGGGGAAAUUUGUUACCCCCACUCAUGUCAUCCUCGGAGACCUCUCGAUCACUGUGAGCGCUCUCCUCCGUCGAUUGAAAAGGACAGAGCGCCCAGAUUGGUUGGGCUUGAUACGGCACCUGAAGGAAAAGUAUCCUCUUUCGCCCAUAUUGUCUGAGACGAAGCACUCUCGACCCCUUCCUCAGGAAGUCAUCGCUGAGCUGAAUCACCAGACGGCUUCUAUGCGAGAUCCAGUAACGAUCGCUACUGGUGUCGGUCAACACCAAAUGUGGACGGCCAAGCAUUUUGACUGGAAGCACGAACGCUUCCUUGUCACGUCUGGUGGCCUCGGAACAAUGGGAUACGGACUUCCAGCUGCUAUCGGGUCCAAGACUGCUCGGCCUAGCAAUCAAGUAGUCUGUAUAGAUGGAGACGCUUCCUUCUGUAUGUCGAUGGCAGAGCUGUUGACUGCAUCACAGCAUGGUGUCGCUGUCAAGGUAAUCAUAUUCAACAACCAGGAACAAGGCAUGAUUUCCCAGCUCCAGCACGAGGGUUACGGAGGGAGGAUCUGUUACGCCCAGCAGGACAACCCUGAUUUCGUUCGUCUCGCGCGGAGCAUGAACUGUCAGGGAAGACGCUGCUUCUUCAAAGAGGAUCUGCCCGGCUGCAUCGAAUGGCUUCUACGCUGUGAUGGAGCUGCUCUGCUCGAGAUGUUGAUUGAGGAGACAGAAAUGGUGCCCAUUGUUCCCAGUGGCCAGUCAUUGGACUGCAUGAAGUUUCACUAA